UUGGGAAGUAGCACGGAUUGCUCAUCCGAUCCGUGCAGCCGCAGAGAGUGUGUCAAGUUACAGAGGCGCCGGAAUCUGUCCCAGCGCUCCUCGGCAGCGGCCACGACCCACCUCUGCCCAUGGGGCCCUCCAUGUGCGCCCCUGCACCCGGGGACUGAAACUGGCUCUCCCGGGAGAGGCAAGACAUCCAGAAGGACCGACAGCGCGGCACCAGCUGGAGGACUCUGCAGACUCUUGAAGGGAAAGACAGGCAGGGGGCCGGCCAGAUUACCUUCACUUUCCUGGACUUGGAGCGUUCUUCCAAAUAACUUUUUUUUCCUCACUUUGGUGUACCCCGAUUACCGCUGGUUGUGAUUUUCGGCUUUCCGCCUCCUACUGCUAAUUUUUCCGUCCUCUUUGCCGGAAGCAAAGGAAAGGGACGUUUUCCAGCAGCACAAGCCCUUUCCCCCUGCCCCACAGUUUGGAUCGCGCCUUUCGGCAGCGGCUCUUACUUUUAUUUAUUCUAUUUAUUUAUUUAUUGGUUCUCAAGACGCGAAGGGAUGGUAGCGGAGCGAGCCCGCAAAGCGGCCACCGCGGCUGCCCGCGGCCCGGGAGAGCUGGGCGCGCCCGGGACAGUGGUGCUGGCGGCGGCGCGAGCUGAGCGCUGCGCGCGGCUGCCCAGCCCAGGUUCGUGCGGGUUGCUGGCGCUGACCCUCUGCUCGCUGGCCUUCAGCCUGCUCGCCCACUUUCGGACCGCGGAGCUGCAGGCCCGGGUGCUGCGCUUGGAAGCAGAGCGCGGGGAGCAGCAAAUGGAGACGGCUAUUUUGGGACGAGUCAACCAACUGCUGGACGAGAAAUGGAAGCUCCACUCACGGAGGCGCCGGGAGGCCCCGAAGAUGUCCCCAGCAUGUAACUGCCCGCCAGGACCUCCUGGCCCCACCGGAAGACCCGGGCUCCCAGGGGACAAAGGUGCCAUUGGGAUGCCUGGACGUGUGGGAGUGAAGGGCCAACCGGGCGAGAAGGGUGCCCCUGGAGACUCCGGGAUGUCCAUCAUCGGUCCCCGCGGCCCCCCAGGCCAGCCAGGCACGCGAGGCUUUCCUGGAUUCCCGGGUCCCAUCGGGCUGGACGGCAAGCCGGGCCAUCCCGGACCAAAAGGGGACACGGGCCUGGCGGGUCCCCGAGGACAGCCGGGACCCCCAGGGCAGAAAGGAGAAAAGGGUCAGUGUGGCGAGUACCCACACCGGCUGCUGCCUCUCCUCAAUUCCGUGCGCCUGGCUCCACCCCCCGUCAUAAAAAGGCGGACCUUCCAGGGCGAACAGGGCCAGGCUGGCAUCCAAGGCCCACCUGGGCCACCAGGCCCCCCUGGACCAAGUGGACCUCUGGGGCACCCAGGACUGCCAGGGCCCAUGGGGCCACCUGGCUUACCUGGGCCUCCUGGACCGAAGGGAGACCCGGGGAUCCAGGGCUACCACGGCCGGAAGGGAGAACGGGGUAUGCCAGGGAUGCCGGGCAAGCACGGAGCCAAGGGGGCUCCUGGGAUCGCCGUGGCCGGAAUGAAGGAGCCAAUCCAAAUGGGACCUGGAAGUGGAGCCCUUGAGAGAUCAGCCCAAGGAGGGCCAGGUAGGAGCGAGGAGAGCAAGGCCCUAAGACACUUCCCACCCCGUACUGUCUCCCCGCAGGGCGAGAAGGGGGCUGCCGGUUCCUCUGGGCUCCCCGGUCUUCUGGGACAGAAGGGAGAGAAAGGUGACGCUGGCAACUCUAUUGGAGGAGGCAGGGGUGAGCCCGGCCCCCCAGGGCUCCCUGGGCCCCCAGGGCCAAAGGGAGAAGUGGGUAUGGAUGGCCAGGCCGGCCCCCCUGGACGACAAGGAGACAAGGGGCAGCCCGGAGCCGCUGGAGAACAGGGACCAGCUGGCCCCAAGGGCUCCAAGGGCGAACCAGGGAAGGGAGAGAUGGUGGACUACAACGGAAACCUCAACGAGGCUCUCCAGGAGAUCCGAACACUGGCCCUGAUGGGGCCUCCUGGUCUACCUGGGCAAAUAGGCCCCCCCGGAGCUCCAGGGACCCCAGGCCAGAAGGGGGAGAUCGGACUGCCAGGCCCUCCAGGACACGAUGGAGAAAAGGGACCUCGAGGCAAACCAGGAGACAUGGGCCCCCCUGGCCCCCAAGGACCCCCAGGAAAGGAUGGGUCUCCAGGAAUGAAGGGAGAAAUCGGAUCCCCAGGGAGCCCAGGAGAGAAGGGGGAGAAAGGGGAGACGGGCCCGGCAGGCUCUCCGGGUCUAGACGGCCCAACUGGGGAGAAAGGAGAACCCGGUGGCCAAGGGAGGCCCGGAGCGACAGGAUUGCCUGGCCCCAUCGGGCUCCCGGGAUUUACAGGAGAGAAAGGAGAAGCUGGAGAGAAGGGUGACCCAGGAGCAGAGGUUCCUGGGCCACCAGGGCCAGAGGGACCUCCUGGGCCUCCGGGACUCCAAGGUGUUCCUGGACCAAAGGGAGAGGCAGGACUAGAUGGAGCCAAAGGAGAGAAGGGGGCCCAGGGAGAAAAAGGAGACCGAGGGCCUCUGGGCCUACCCGGUACCCCAGGACCAAUUGGAGUUCCAGGCCCAGCUGGACCAAAGGGCGAGAGGGGCAGCAAAGGAGACCCAGGGAUGACGGGACCAACGGGAGCAGCUGGGCUUCCUGGUUUACAUGGACCACCCGGGGACAAAGGGAACCGGGGACACCGAGGUUUUAAAGGAGAGAAAGGGGAGCCGGGGUUACCAGGGCUGGACGGACUGGAUGCCCCCUGCCCAUUGGUAUGGCACCACCCUCCCUUGCCCGCAUGGCCAAUUUGGGCUUCCCUCCGUGUGUGGUUUGUACCUGCGUGCCCCCACACUCCUGUUCCUUCCGCCCAGCUCCCACUUCCUGUGGGGUCUGUAGACACCCAGGGUCACCCUGCCUCUGCUGGGGUACCCGGCCAUGCUGCCCUCUUGCAUGCAAAGUUUGCUGGGGUGUUUUCUUGGCCUUCUGCAGCACAUCACCUUGUCUGGGCCAUCCUCCCACCCUUGAUGUAGGACAGGCGAGGCUGGACACCUAAGGAACGAUCAGGAAGCAGGUUUAUGGCUGUAGCGGUCCAGAGGAGGCUUGUGCCUAAAA